UUAGGAACUAAGACAGCUCCGAGGCUCUCAACUGCUUCGAAUGUCUCGGCAUUACGGUGCUGAUUCUCUGAGCAGGGUACCAUCUUUGCAAUUCUUUUCCCAAGAACUCCGCAAGGAACUUGGCUUGCCGCACACGUUCUGUAGCGAGUCCGAUGAAGAGAAAGCACACUGGAAAUACCUCAACGAUGCCGCAGACCAACAGGUCGUCUCUUCUUUCCCACAGCUUGCAGAUCCUCCCCCACACUACCACUACCAGAAACCAGUCAUAUCGGCCCCCCUAUAGCCUGUAUAAACUCAUAGCGCUCGUUUCAAAAUCCGCCGAUGCCACACAGGAUCCUUCAAUUGUGUUCAUUGGCCAUAUCGGAGUUGGAAAUUAUUUCCCUGCCGUAGGAUGCCAGGCAAGCUGGGCAACAAAAUAUUUGGAUGGAAAGCUGGCCGUCCCAGCGUGGCAAGCGCAGGAGCGGGAGAUUGCUCUUUCCACAGCCUGGAAUCGACGACGAUAUCUUAGUCGUGGAAUGUAAGGAAACAACAUGACUUUCGAAUUGACCGGUGACAUGGAUAGCUUAUUGGAGAAUCUCGGGCAAAGCAGUCAUCAGGGCUUCAGAAAAGACUUCCUUGU